ACAAAAUCUCAAAAACACACAAUCAGUUUUGGACGUAAGCCAGAAAUAAAAAACAAGAAAAAAUAUAAAAAAAUAAUAAGUGGACGCGAGUGAAUGCAAAGACAAACGUAAACAUUUUGUUGUUAUUUCGUUUUAUUUAGUUUUUUUUUGUUGUAGUAAACAAACAGAGACAACGUGAUUAAAACGGCCCUAUAAUGUGUGAUAACAAAGAUGAGUGUUGCAAUAAAUUAGAAGCUGAAGCUAUUCACACCAAUGAACAGUUAUUGGCAUUCAAUGUGCGCAGCAAAGAUGUCAAUUGGCAUGAAUAUGUUACGCCCAAGAAACCCAGAUCCUCACCGGUCUAUCUACAGAGGCAGUUUAAUUUGAUUAGUAAUUAUCGUGAACCAAUUGGAAAUCAUAAUCGACGUAAGGUCUUGCUGUGCCAUGACAUGAUGGGCAAUUACUUGGAAGACAGACAUUAUCAUUCGUCGAAGAAAUAUGAUGACUAUCGUUUCUAUCACUGGUCAGCCGUGGAUUAUUUUUGUUAUUUUAGUCAUAAAUAUAUCACAAUACCACCUUGUGGUUGGAUAAAUGCUGCCCAUAAACAUGGUGUCUCUGUAUUGGGUACUUUCAUAACGGAGGGUUCGGAUGGAGCCAAACGUUUACACGACAUUCUGGCAUCAACGGAAAUGAUAGACAAUAUUGUGGACGCUAUGGUGAAAUUAUGCAAACAUUACCACUUUGAAGGUUGGCUCAUCAACGUUGAGUGCAAAGUGGAAUCGGAUUCAAUGGAAAAUUUAUAUUACUUUCUAAAUCGACUACGUGAAGCCGUCGAACAGCAUGUCGAGGCGGGUGUUGUCUUCUGGUAUGACAGUGUCAUCGAAACUGGUCAGUUGUCAUGGCAAAAUGAGCUCAAUGCCAAGAAUGUGCGUUUCUUUAGGUCAACCCAUGCCACGCUCAUAAAUUACAGCUGGGACGACAAGAGCCUUGAACAGACACGCUCACUGUGCGAACAGGAACGGGCUCACAGCCAAAGUGUUUUCUUUGGCAUUGAUGUAUUUGGCCGAAAUCAAAUUGCGAAAUUUCAAAGUAAACGAACCUUGGCACGCAUUGCCAAAAAUCGCUUUUCCGUUGGCAUCUUUGCCCCAGCCUGGACAUAUGAAACGUUGCAACAGUUCGGCUAUAAUAUAAAACAGGAGACGGGCGAUGAUGCUGUAAACGAGACGUUUCUACUGAGAAAUGAGAAAUUCUGGUGGCUGUUAUGGGAUCAUUUGGCAACACAUCCCUACAAUACGUUGGCAUUCUAUACGGACUUUUGUAUGGGUUCGGGCAAGCGAACCUAUGUAAGUGGCCUGCCCAAAGCGGCCGUGGAAGAUGGCAGUGAGGCGGCCGCCGGCGAAUCGGAGGGAUUUUUCAAUUUAUCGCGGCAAUCGUUGCAACCAUCAGUGCCAUUGCACGACUUGGCGACACGACACUAUGAUGAUGCCUUCAACGGCGGCUCCUGUCUUCGCAUUAGCCAGUGUGACAGCAGUUUUCGUUUGUUUGCCACCGAUUUUAAACUUCCCGGCGGUGGUUUGGUGUUUGCCUAUGCCUACAAACUCAGCCCCCAGGAUGGUGAAUUCGAUUGUAUUCUGCGUUUUUGUACCAGCAAUAAUGCCCGUGAUUGUUAUUUGUUUCUGGGAGAUUACUACGAUACAGUGAGUUUACAGCGAGGACGCUGUUAUGUGUCACCGUUUAAACCCAAAUACAAUGAGCUAUUGAGUGGUCCAUUGGAAUGUCCACAGAUACCAAAGGAUAUGGCCUUCCCGGAUUUCCAGGCGAAUGGUUGGCGUGUUCGCUAUUAUGUUGUGGAGUUUGAUGGUGGCAUACAGGUCAAAGAUAUUGGUGUGCUGUAUCGUAAAACGCCUGAGGCUCGCGACACCGCCUACUUGGGUGCAGUCUACCUGAAUGAAUUCAAUGUUAAUCAUCAUGAUUUCCCCGUUGAUAGUAAUAUUGCCUUAAUACAGGUCUAUGGAGGAGAUUUACUUAACUGACAAGAGGAAGUGCGGACCAUUAUAACGGAUGACGAUGAUGAUGAAGAAGAUAUUUAGUCAUAAAUCGGAAAUGAAACAAGAAAAAACAAAUUAAACACAAAAAAGCUUUUAUCGAUAGCUAUAAGAAGGAGAGGGGAGAAGGAAAUGGAGGCAGGGAAUUUUUAGUCUGGAGUAGUACAAGAAGUUCAUGAGUUAACAAAAUUUUCGAUGUGUGGUGAUUUAGUCCAAUUUGUUGAAGUUUUUUUACAGAAUUCGAAACAAUUGAAAUUUUCAAGAUCUUAUUCAAAUUCCAUGGAAGUUUCCUUUAUACCCUACAACGUAAUGGUAUUAUGUCGUAGUGCAUUUGUUUGUAAUGUGGAGAAGGAAGCGAGAUAGACCCAUAGUUACUUUUGAGGAUCUUCAUAGAAUCAGUUUCUGAGUGGAUUUAUGCAUGUCAGUCCGUCCCUGUAUUUUUGUAAAAAAUGCAGGUCGCAUUUAUUAUCCUAUUGAAAUGAAAUUUCGCAAACAACAUUUGUUUGAAAUUGGUGAGGAUCGCUUCAAAUCUAGAUAUAGCUCCCAUAUAUAUAUAUAUUCAUCCCAUUUCGGGUUAAUUUUGCACCAAAUAGCCAAUAUCAGUCCAAAUUACCUGAAUUUUGACACAUCAGGUGGAAUUCAGUCUAGAAGUGAGUACAUCAAAUUUGGUGAAAAUGGCAUCAGGUAUAACUAUAGCUCACCUAUAUAUGUUUCAUCCGAUGUUCUAGUUUUAAGUCCCUCACAUUCGUAAUAUGCACUCCACAGGAAUGACAUUUGGUACCAGAUAUCAGAUGCAGCCCAGAAAACCCUCUGUCAAAUUUUAUCGAGAUUGGAUCAGAUUUGGAUAUAGCUCCCAUAUAUAUCUUUAUCCGAUAUCAGGUUUAUUGUGCACCAAAUUGCUAGUAUCAGCCCAAUUGAUCUGAAUUGUGGCAAUUCCAACUAAAUUCGUCCUAAAAACAAGUACUACAAAUUUGGUGAAAAUCGGUUCAGAUUUAGCUAUAGCUCCCAUACAUAUGUUUCAUCCAAUUUGGGAUUUUAAGUCCCUCACAUGCGUAAUAUACACCCCCACAACAAUGAUCUUUGGUACCAGAUAUCAGAUACAGCUCAGAAAUAAGUGUUUAAAAUUUUGUCUAGAUCGGUUCAGAUUUGCAUAUUUCUCCCAUGUAUAUAUCGUUAUCCGGUUUCAGGGUUUUUGUGCGCCAAAUUGCUAAUAUCAACCCAAAUGAACUAAAUCUUGGCAAUUCCACCUGAAUUCGUCUUAGAAACAAGUACUUUAAAUUUUUGUGAAAAUCAGUUCAGA